AUACUUUCAGAUCGAAAAUGAACGACGAAUCUUCCGUUGCACGGAAAACAGUGCCACCGUUACGAAUAAAAAAUGUCCGUUCGCUGCAAACUGUUCACAUAUCGGACGAGGAGAGCCCACUUUCCGUCGAUACAGGUUCCACUUCGGAAAACGAUAAUUUAAUUAUAGAUGAAAUGGAAGAACCGGCAGUAGAUAAAGAUGAACCGAUUGUUAUCGAGACCACAGAACCGGAAGGCGGUGCGCACACCAACCGCAGAACGCGGAAGAGGACUCGGAAACAGAAACCUGUUCUAGAUGAAGAUCGAAUUCUGGUCAUCGAUGGAGAUACAAUCGGGAGCGAUGAAUAUGAACAAGAUCUCCAUUCCAGUUCCAGAGUGUCGUCCAAUAGGCACUCGAUCAACAGCGAUGAAAGUAUGGCUCCUUCCGGGGUGCAUAACACAUCGAGCCACAGUUCCAAGGGAAGCCGUCGAAAAAGUCAUCACGUUCCGAAGCAGGUUGGAGAUGUGGUGUUUGAAGAAGCAACGAUUCUAACCGUUGACGAUGACGAAGACGAUGAUGAUGAUAAGGAUGUCGAAACUAAGGAAGAUGACAAGAAUGACCCCAAUAGAAAUUUAAUGAAAAACAUUGCCAUGUUGAGGACAUGCAUAAAUUAUGUGCUUGUACAGCAAAAUUAUCGACCAAUGUCCUUCAAGCACAAUUUCGAAAGCACCUCGAAAAUGGUUGAGUAUUAUAACCAAUUGAAAACAAAUAAAAAAUAA